GAUGCGCGCACUCAUAUCACAUCACGUAUGGCCGGGCGGCAGUGUAAUUUGUUACAAACAAAGUAGGACUCACCCCGCAGUAGCUGAAUGAUAGAAAAGGACCGAGGAGCGUUUCAGUUGUAGUCUUUUGUUUGAAUCUCUGAAAUAAAUAGUCUAAAUUUACCAGAAAUGGGUCCCGGAUAAAGGAAAGAAUAUUCCAGAAACACCGUGGACUGCGGGGUUUCGAGUGCGGGCAGGAGCGAAGCGGCCCGCGGCCGUGAAGGAGCUUAGCAGCUACGGAAUUCAUUUCUCGCCAAAUUGAAGCCCCGUCCCCAUCCCUCAUCAGCCUUCCUGAUUCUGUUCUGGGAGAGUUCAGGCCAGUAUCAUCGCCAAGAUAGCUGGGCCAGGCAGGAAGAGGCACACCUCAGAUCCAGACCCCAGCAGCGGUAGUGAUUCCAGCGACGGGCGGCCUGUUAGUGCCAAGUGCCCAAAGAUGGCCAGCAGCAGUGGUAGCGGUGUGGCUGGUAACGAGACAGUGGGCCGUCGCGGUGGGGCUCAGCAUAGAGGCGGCAGCGGCAGGGACAACAGCUCAGACUUGUCCUCUAGUACCAGUAAGAAGAAGCAGAAGGACAGGGCCAACCAGGAGAGCAGAGAGGCCAAGAGGGCAGCCGCUGCAGCAGUAGAUGGGGUUAUUGCAGAGGUCAAGAAAGAUGUGUUUGUGGACUGGAAGCAGAAUGUCAAUGAAGUGACUGUCAGGCUGCGCUGUGGGGAGGGGGUGCAGAGGAUAGAGGACAUCAGCACAACCUUUACUGAUACACACUGCCAUGUGUGCUUCCCAGAUGGACGGCAGUGGAGCUGCCAGUUACAGGAGGAAAUAGAGGCCUCUUGUAGCAGAGUCCAGUACAAGGAGAAGGGAGGUUUCCUGCACGUCAUCAUGCACAAGAAGAUUCCCUUUCACAUCUGGCCUUCGCUUAAGUCAAACAAGAAGGAGAAGGAGAAGGAGGCAGCACCUACAGAGACCAAAAAGGACAAGGAGCUGGAGAUUAAGCCUAUUGUCUCAGAGUCGUUAGAGAAACCCAAACUGUCCUCCUCGCAGCCACAACUCCAGCCCCAGCCCCCCUCCUCACCCGCACACAGCGAGUCAAGACGCAGUGGCAGCAAAGCUGACCGUGGCAUCAAACGCGGCCUGAAAAACAAACCAGCGUGUGACAAGGCCACUAUGGACCCUGUAGGGGUGAAAGGUGGAGUUGGAGAUGGCUCAAUCACCACCAGCAAGCCUGUUAUAGUCACACAAAGCGAGCAGCAGCCUCAGGAACCCAGUGCCAAGCGCACCAUUGUACGGCUGCCCAAGACCACCAAGGAGGCUACACCACCUGCUGACAGAGACACACACUCUGUUGAGUCUUCAGUAGCCAGUGGUAAAGCUCCACACACACACCUGCCCGCUGGUCGGAGCCCUCAGAUGCAACGCAGAGAUGGAGACAACAGAACAGAGAGAUUAGGCAGUGGUCAGGAACAGCAACCAGGAGUUGCUGUCACUGCCAGCAGCCAUACCAACAAAACUCAGGUGCCGGAGAAGAGGAACCAGUCUUCAGACAGGUCUCGAGCAAAAGCACAUGGCAGUGAUAGCCAACCAGCAGCUCCCGUCAGCACCAGUGACUGCCUCAAACCUGUUGAAGUGGACUCUGCUUCUCCAGAAACACAGCGAGAUAGAACUGACUCUGAGCCAGAGAAAAAGCCUGUUGAGCAGGAAUCAGAGCAGGAUACUCUGAUCCUCCAGCAGCUUGAGUCAAGAGAGGCAGGCUCGAUACCAACUGUUGGCGUGGCUGCCAAACAAGGCCAUUCACCUGGUCCAGCCCAGAGGCAGGGCAGCUGUGACGGAGAGGAGAAGCGGGACCAGUCAAAGGAGGAGCCUCCUCUGGAAAUGAAACAACAGGAAGCCCCAGAGCCAAUGGUUAACCUGCAAUUUGUGAAGAAUGAUUCUUACGAGAAGGGCACGGACCUGAUGGUGGUUAAUGUUUACAUGAAGGGGGUCUGCAGGGAGACAGCCAGGGUCAUCUUCAGGGAACAGGACUUCACCCUCAUCUUCCAGACAAGUGAUACCAACUUUCUGCGGCUUCAUUCAGACUGUGGACCAAACACAGUCUUCAAGUGGCAAGUCAAACUCAGGAACCUGAUCCAGCCUGAGCAAUGCAGCUACUCCUUCACCCCGUCCCGACUGGACAUCACCCUGAAGAAGAGGCACAGCCAGCGCUGGGGGGGUCUGGAGGCCCCCGCCACACAAGGUGCAGUGGGUGGCGCCAAGGUCGCCGUGCCCUCCAGCCCUGCCUGCAUGGAGAAGAGCCAACCAGGCAGCAGCCAGCACAGCCUCCCAGCCAAGGAGGAGCCUCCGAGGGUUGGGGAGGAGAAACCCAAGCCCCCUAAGGCCUCAUCCAGAGUGGAGGAUGGUGGUCUGGAUACUGUGGCUCCUCGUACUGUCUCUGAGCAUGUUGCUAUCACUAAGCCAGAGCCCACUGUUACCACGCCUAAACCUACCUGCAUGGUGCAGCCCAUGACUCAUGCACCUCCUGCCAGCAAUGAGCGCCAUGAAGAAGAGGAGGAGAAGAAGGUGUGCCUGCCUGGUUUUACAGGAUUGGUCAACCUUGGCAACACCUGCUUCAUGAACAGCGUCAUCCAAUCCCUGUCCAACACCAGAGAACUCAGGGAUUACUUCCACGAUCGAGCAUUUGAGGCAGAAAUUAAUUGCAAUAAUCCGCUGGGAACAGGAGGCAGGCUCGCUAUUGGCUUUGCUGUGCUGCUCAGGGCCCUUUGGAAAGGAACACAUCAUGCCUUUCAACCCUCAAAACUCAAGGCAAUUGUGGCCAGUAAAGCCAGUCAGUUUACAGGCUACGCCCAGCACGAUGCCCAGGAGUUCAUGGCUUUCUUGCUGGACGGGCUCCAUGAAGACUUGAACCGCAUCCAGAAUAAACCUUACACAGAGACAGUGGACUCUGACGGACGCCUUGAUGAGGUGGUGGCUGAGGAGGCAUGGCAGAGGCACAAGAUGAGAAAUGAUUCCUUUAUAGUGGACCUCUUUCAAGGCCAGUUCAAAUCCAAGCUUGUCUGCCCAACAUGCUCCAAGGUGUCUAUCACCUUUGACCCUUUCCUCUACCUGCCUGUGCCCUUGCCCCAGAAACAAAAGGUGCUCUCAGUUUUCUACUUCGCUAAGGAACCUCAUAAAAAACCCAUUAAGUUUUUGGUGAGUGUGAGCAAAGAGAACUCAAGCACUGCUGAAGUCCUCGAAUCCAUCUCCAGGAACGUCAGGGUGAAACCAGAGAACCUCAGACUGGCAGAGGUGGGGAAGAACCGCUUCCAGCGCAUGUUCCUGUCAUCCCACUCCCUGGACACGGUGUCCUCCUCUGACAUGUUAUUCUGCUUUGAGGUGCUUUCCAAAGACAUGGCCAAAGAAAGAGUGGUAUUGCUCCGAGUGCAGCAGAGACUCCAGGUCCCCAAUAUCCCCAUCUCAAAGUGUGCUGCCUGCCUGAAGCCUCCAGUGUCUGAGGAAGACAAGCUGAAGCGAUGCACUCGCUGCUAUCGUGUGGGCUACUGCAAUCAAGCUUGUCAGAGGAACCACUGGCCCAAUCACAAGGGUUUAUGUCGACCCAACACAGAGAACGUCGGCCUGCCCUUCCUGGUCAGCGUGCCAGAAUCCCGGCUCUCCUAUGCUCGUCUCACCCAGCUUCUGGAGGGUUACUCCAGGUUUUCUGUCAACGUGUUCCAGCCUCCAUUCCAGUCAGGCAGAACAUCCCCCGAAACAUCGCAGUGCCGGGUUGACCUCCCCCCGAUGCCAGCAGGCUCUUCUGAGGGUCUUGGGUCAGGGGAUGAGGCCAUGGGUGGUAGCAGUACUGUAGGAGCAGGUGAUCUGGAGCCGGAGAGUCACUCUCCGCUGCCUGAAUCCCAAGCAGAGUGUGCUCAGGCCUCAGCCCUUCACUCUGAGGGGCCUGAUCCCCUCUCCUCCUCUCAGACCUCACUGUCCACCACGCGGACUGCAGAUUCAGGAUUUUCUGAGCCACUCUCCUCCACUUCCUGCUGUUCUCUGGACCCUCAUGCUGAAAAAGAGACGUCAUGUGAGAAAGCAGUGCGACCAGAAGCUGCAGUAACAGGGUAUCAGCAUCCGAGUGAAUCAGCAUCAGGUCACGCCAGUCAGUUCUACAUAGCUCUGCUGGACUCUAACAACAAGGAACAGAGGCUGGAUGAGAAAGAGGACCUUUUGGCAGACCUCCCUGAAGAUGCCACCCUGGAGCUGGUGUGGAAAAACAAUGAGCGUCUGAAGGAGUAUGUCCUUGUGAGCUCCAAGGAACUGGAGUACGAGGAGGACCCCGGUUCUCUGAGUGAGACAGCCAGAGCAGGACACUUCACCCUGGAGCAGUGCCUCAACCUCUUCACAAAGCCAGAGGUGCUGGCACCAGAGGAGGCAUGGUACUGUCCAAAGUGCCAGCAGCACCGAGAGGCCUCCAAGCAACUGCUGCUGUGGCGCCUGCCCAACGUUUUAAUCAUCCAGCUCAAACGCUUCUCCUUCAGGAGUUUCAUCUGGAGGGAUAAGAUCAACGACAUGGUUGACUUCCCUGUUAGGAAUCUGGAUCUAAGUAAGUUCUGUAUUGGCCAGAAGGAUGAGAUGCAACAACCCCCUAUUUACGACUUGUACGCAGUCAUCAACCAUUAUGGAGGUAUGAUAGGAGGUCACUACACGGCCUAUGCUCGCCUGCCAAGUGAUAAGAACAGCCAGCGCAGCGAUGUUGGCUGGCGUCUGUUUGAUGACAGUACAGUGACAAUGGUGGAGGAGAGUCAGGUGGUGACGCGCUACGCCUACGUCCUGUUCUACCGUCGACGAAACUCGCCUGUUGAGAGGCCGCCCCGCUUCCUCAGGCCUGUAGGAGCCGAGUCACCCAGUGCUGCAGGAGCUACUGCCAGCCAGGCCUCUAGCCAGUCACUAUUUGGGACGGACCUGGAUCCUGAAGGACCACCUACGUUGACCCCAGAGGUUCCCUCUGACCUCUUUGCCCACUCAGGAGAGUGUGCAGCACCAUCCUACAGCAACAUGGAGGAGGUGGACUAGUCAUGGAGUGGACUGAAGGAAAUCCAGAUCAGAGCCAGCUGAUUGAGGGAAGUGGAAGCUACUCUUCAGCUUAAGACAAAUCGGUGCUCAUUAAUAACACAGGCACCUGAAUCUGUGUCAAAAUAACGGUGCAGUGCUGUAAGAUCUGGAGGUGGUCUUUGAGGAUUCGACUGCACUCACUUGUGAAAGACCUUCAGAUGCACAUAGAUGUGUACUAACCUGACACAGAUUGAUAUACUCACAUUAAUAUACUUACCCAUUGAUAAACACUUAACAAGCUGUAUAAGUAGUUACCCAUUCAGUGUAUAUAGGGACACACACAGAAGCCAACGCACUUCGGUAACCUCUGAGCUUCUGUUAGCAGCUCAUUAUGAACCGUUGCUGCAGGACUUCAUCCUCAACCACCUAACAGAGUUCAGCGGGGUGCCUGCCAGGCUUCCACACAACAACGCACCUUAUGGCCUGGUCUCAAGCUAAAAACCUCUGCUAACCUUGACCAGACCUGUUAAUCCCUGGCUAAAGCUACAGUGGAUUUUUAGGGUCAAUUUGGGGAGUUUGAGUGAAGAUUGUUGUAAUGUGUGUACAUUUCUUUGUUUAUUUGAGGUAUUGCCUGGGUUGUUUUGUUUGUGGCAGGUAUUCUGUAACUUGGGAUUGGAAUUGUAGCAAUCGAUGAAAAGAAAAUCAAUGUGAGACGGGUGCUGACCUGCUACUUUUUUGUUUUUUUUGUUAACAUGGAGGGCACACGCUUCUGUCUUUUGUCGCUUUAUAAAUUUCAUUUGGCUUCUGUUUCUGUAGCGUAUUCUUAAUAUGUUUUUGUAUUUGUUUAGAUAUUCGAUCCUGUGGAUGCAAUUGUCAAAGGCUUCAGUAUAAACUGAAAUGUGCAUGACUGCAUGUUCAUACAGGCUGUAACCCCUACCCUUGUUAAAUACCCUCCUCCCCCUGAAACUUUUUCAUUUCAUUAUUUCAGUUUUGCGUGAGUUGUCCAGUCUUGCCCCUCCUCUCCUUUGUAAUAGACUGCGUAUAUAAAGUGGGGAUCGUUAAGAAUGCUGCUGUGGAUACAUAUAAAUGGUUAAUAUAAAUAAAAACAAUUUUGAGAACUGCUUA